AUGACAUUCGUUACGUUGCUCUUCAGGCACAAAAAGAACUGUUGGAAAGGGACUAGAACGAAUUGCGUCGCUCUUUCUAUCCUUACUCCAUUUUCGCAAGGCAUUUUUUUUUUUUUGGCGUGGGAAACACUCGCAUGUUCUCAGACCGAGGAGGGAGCGACGAUGCCGAUGGUGUGCAUAGAGAGGAAUUCUUUGUUGGAUAGCAAUGGUGGAGAUGGCGGGGCAUUGGAGGUGUGA